CCUAGCAACACCAAGCUAAGAUGGCGGUUCUCGGUUUGGAAGAAGCGAAAGCAAUUUCAAAACUCGAUAGAAACAGUGGCUCAGCUUUUUUGGCAUCAUGUUUGAAGUGGGAUGAUUUUGUCUUUGAAGAAAACCUGCAACAGUCAAUUCUUUUAGACUUUCUCUAUGACUCUUUGAUGUUCCCAAUAGAGAAAGGCUUCAGCUGGAAGGAAGUCUGUCUGCUCUUUACAUUAGCAAAGGAAAUGCAAGAGGAAACAAUUGGUCGGCCAAUCACAGAUGCAGUGAAACUUUUCAAAACCAAACUCCAGUCUUUGGUACAAAGUGUUCAUGAAAGAAGUUUAAAGAUUUUCUCAGAAUAUUUCUUUGGAUCAUUUAUGACCCACUAUAAACUCUUUCAAUAUUGUUUCACCCGGGAACAAGAUCGCAUGAUGGUUGAAUACGAUCGUCCAGUCGAUGCACCUCACAUACCUCAACCUUUGAAGACAUCUAAACCUGUUAAGAUUUGGGAAUAUGAAGAACAGCUUCAUGACAUCGAACGACAUGAAGCUGAACGGAAAAAUGAAAGACUCGUGGCGAAAGAGAUGUUCAUGUUGGCCGACAGUGACCUACUGGAGAAGGCUGGGAGUGGUUAUGAAUCAGACCCAGAGAGUUCCACAAAACUUGACAGACAGCAUAUCAAAGAGAUCAUCAAGGAGGUGACAUCAGCUCACAUGUCAACCGUCUCUCACAGAAUCAAGUGUGCAAUUGAUGAUACACAGGAAGACUUGGAGUUUAAACUAGAAAAGACGAGUUUGCCAAGACCACAAGCUCUCGGAGCUCCUCCCAGAUUCAAACCAAAGACGCCCCUCCAUAAACAAGUGGUCAAUGGUAAAGCUGAUAAACCCAGGACCCCUAAGUCACCCAAAGCCAAGUCACGAGCAUCGAGUAGAACUGGCAAGAAGUCAUAGGAUGUCAACGUUGAAAUUUAUGCAAACUGAUUUCCUAGGAUCUGCAACUGUGAUACAUUGGACAUUGAGAAUAAUGAUGGUUAUGGUUGAAGCUGUCCAACAUAAAUUUGAAAUUUUAUGUUGGGCACAGUUGCCUGUGUCAUUGAUGUAAUUGUGCCAAAGCAGUCAUUUGCAGCAGUAGGAAUUGUUGUUGUUAGUAAGAGACAUGUGAUACAUCCAAUGAUUCACUAAUAACACCAUCAUUCAUGUUGAGAGAUCUUGUGUUUUUCUAACUGGGAUGGCUGGACGUGUAGAUUUCAUUACAUAUUUGGGUAGACAUGUAUUCGAAGCUGUACAUAGAUGUAAAUACAAUGUAUAGGAUGUGAAUAUUAAGAAAAAGUGUUGAAAUUAGU